AUCGUUUCUGUUGGAUUGACCAAGUUCCGCCGUCUGUUUUCCGUUAUUGAACCAAUCUACUGGACCACUGAUCUGCUUAUUAUCGCCUCUUAUUGCAGCGCGAAGAUUCUAUCACCGUCGGAACCAAACGUGUCCUACAUUUGUUCCCGCUAUUAUCGCGCCCCGGAAUUGAUUUUUGGUGCAACUCAUUACACCGUCCGGAUAGACAUGUGGUCCGCCGGAUGUGUAAUUGGAGAAUUGCUUCUGGGACGACCGUUAUUUCCUGGUGGCUCAGGUGUUGACCAGCUAGUGGAAAUCAUCAAGGUUCUUGGCACACCCACACCUGAACAGGUGUUAGAGAUGAAUCCACAAUACAGCGAGUUCAAAUUCCCCAACGUUGUUGGUUGUCCAUGGGAGAAGUUAAUUCGGUAUCGCACGAAAGAUACGGCAUUUGAUGUGCUCCGAAAGUUGCUCGUCUACAGUCCGAAGAGCCGGGCGAGUGCCUCUGAGAUUCUCUCGGACAGCUUCUUUGCGGAUCUGAUUUUUCCUCCUCCCGGUCAUCCACCAAACGCCACAGGCCAUCUGCCAAACGGUCGACCGGCCCCCCAAUUUCCAGCCGAUUUCACAGACGAGGGUACGUUUUGCGGGUAUUGGAGAGGUGAACUGAAUUGCCAUCCCGUGCGGAAUGCUGAAUGCUAG